CAAAAGUAGACUGAAAAUUGCCAGAGCACUUUCAGCAUCAUUCAUGUUUUCUAUAAAGAAGAAAAACAUGAUUUUUUCGACUGUGCCGGUUCACAGAACUGUUGUGUGGCUGGCAGACGAGGGGUGGCAACAAGUCCUUUAUUUACUAGAAGUAAAGCAAACCUGUUCUUCAAGUCCCUGUUGAUCUAUAACCCUGGUUGCUCAUAAACAGUGUCCAGAUUGCUCUGUGGACUCGCUGCAGUCAGAGAGGAGCACGUCUUUUUCCCAACAGCGCACUGUCUACAACAAAUAACAGCAGCUAUAAAAGCAGCCCCCCUGCCAACAGGAACCAGCCAUGGCGAUGCGUCCACGUGCUUCCUCUCAGCCUGGAAAACUUUCUUUCUUCCAGAGUCCCAAGUUGGCCGCAGCCCUUCGACCCCGGGCUGCUUCCUCACGCUCAGGUUCCAUGCUGGAAGAGGAGCUGUCCUGUCCCAUCUGCUGUGAGAUCUUCAAGGACCCCGUGGUGCUCAAGUGCAGCCACAGCUUCUGCCGAGCCUGCCUGCAGCAGUUUUGGAACAAGAAGAAGGCCAGGCGUGAGUGUCCUGUCUGCAGGAGGAAGUGCUCCCUGACAGAGCCCACGGUCAGCCUGGCACUGAAGAACGUGGCUGACACCUUCCUGAGGGAGCAGGAGCGCAGGACGGCCACAGCUGGAGCAGGGGACGGGGCCGGGGGGACGGGAGAGCAGGAGGUGGUGGAGGUGGAGUGCAUCACACACGGGGAAGUUCUUAAACUUUUCUGUCUGGAUGACUUUGAAGCCCUGUGCUGUGUGUGUCACACCUCCAAGAAGCACCAAGGACACCGAGUGUGUCCCCUGGAAGAGGGAGCGCAGGACCUCAAGGCAGAGCUGAAGAAAGAUUUGAUUCCUCUGAAGAAACACCUGCGUUGCCUGUAUGAAGCCAAGCAGGAAUGUGAUGAGACAACGGUGCACAUGAAGAACCAGACUCAGGCCACGGAGAAGCAGAUUAAAGAGGAGUUUGAGGAGCUGCGGGAGUUUCUGCGGCAGGAGGAGACGGCUCGGCUGGCCGCCCUGCAGCAGGAGGAUGAGGAGAAGAAAGAGCUAGUGAAGAAGAAGUCCGAGAACAUCACCAGAGGGAUCCUCACCUUCUCUCACGCCGUCAUUGCCAUUGAGAAUGAGAUCGCUUCCAGUGAUGCUCUCUUCCUUAAGAAUUAUUCCAACACAAAGAAAAGAGCACAGAUCCCACAGAAUGAUCCAGGAAAAGUGUCAGGUGCUCUUAUAAAUGUGGCCAAGCAUGUCAGUUCUCUAAAGUACAAUGUGUGGGAGAAGAUGGUGGAGCUGGUUCACUACACGCCCAUCACCCUGGAUCCUAACACUGCCUACUCCUGGCUGGCUCUCUCCACAGACAUGACCUUGGUCACCAACAGUGGACGCCUCAAGAAGCUCCCGGACAAUCCUGAACGAUUCGGCCACUUUGUGUUCGUGCUGGGCUCAGAGGGUUUCACUUCGGGGCGCCACGCCUGGGAGGUGGAGGUGGGCGACAAGUCUGACUGGAUGCUUGGGGUGGUCAAGGAGUCUAUCGACAGGAAAGGUCGCAUUUCGGGCUGUCCAGAGGGCGGCUUUUGGAUGAUCUCACACUACGAGGGCGAGUACUCGGCCAUGACGCGGCCCAGCACCCCGCUGCAUCUGCAGGGAGAGCUGACUCGAGUCAGGGUGCAGCUGGACUACGACUCCGGAGAGGUGACCUUCUCCAACCCUAUCGGCAUGACACCCAUCUACACCUUCACCGACUUCUUCACUGAGAAGAUGUACCCUUUCUUCUGCCCUGGAGCCAACAUCAAUGGAAAUAACCCCAAACCGCUUAAGAUCUGCCCCGCCAAGGUGGCUGUGUGGAACAGUGCCACAUGGUGAUAUGAAAAAACCUACAGACGACAUACUGACGGGUGACAAAUGAAAGGAAAAAUCUGAAUAGAUGAGCGGUGAAACUGUACUGCAAUAUACAAUUUAGAAAUUGACAUCCUGUUAUGCUUAGAUGCACAUAUAAAAUGCUGAGCAGACCAAGACCUAAUUUUCCAAUCCAUAGGGCAUGGGGUGUCAACGAAUGGUUUGUUUAUUAUGAAAAUUUUGUUAUAUAUUAUAUAUUAUUAUAUUCUUUGGCCUUCGUACUCACCAGAACCCAGUUGAACACCAUUCAUCCAACCAUGCAUUUUCUCUCAAGUUUUCCAGAUGUCCCUCCCCUUAGCUAUGUUUUCCAGCUCCUCAUUGAAAACCCUGAGACUUUUCCCAGAGUAGAGAAGAUAAAAUGUCUCAAGUGUGUUCUGGGUCUAACCUGGGGUAUCUUAUCACUUGGAUGUGCCCAGGGAACCUUAACAGAUGCCCUGGUGACAUCCAGAUCAGAUGCCUGAAUGAGCUAAACUGACCACUUUUGAGGGGAUCUUGGAGAAGAGCCACACCAAAAAUUUCAAAACACCAAAUGAGGGACUAUCGUUUGGGAGAAUGCUGAUCUAGAGAUUAGUAGAAUCAAUACCAAGACACGUUGAAGCAGUUCUGACAGCAUGUGGUGAACCAACACCAUACUAAGACAUUUUAUUUCUUAUUUUAAUUAAUCGCCCAUAUGUAAGUGUAUUUCAAAUUGAAAACAAUUUCCAAGUGUGUAAUAAAUGAUUCCAUUGCA